UGGGUUGGGGGAAAUUCAAUGGGAUAUAGAGAUAUGUAUAGAAACUAGCCCUGUGAGUGGCCCAGAGCAAGGGUCCAUGGAUGUUAGUUAUUAUUACUGUUGUUGUUAUUGUUCGUUAACCACCAAGGGCUGUGUCAGGACUUCUUUCCAUUCAUAAUAGAGUCAGGGAGGGCCAGAGGCUGAAGUGACAUUGAGGGUACCAAGAGAUACUCCUGCGUGAGGGAGACAGGAGUUAGGAUUCUUCCAGUGACCUCACAGAGCAAACUUACUGCCUGCAGGGAGAUGGUGUGGUUUCGAGGCUACAGCAGGGAAUGGUGGCUUGGAAGAGAAUGAAGCUUCAGGUUCCAGUCCCAGCAAUGUCACUUCCUAUUGCUGUCACCUCAGGUCUGCUAUUUCCUCUCUCUGGUCGGGUUUCUUCAUCCAGAAAUGAGAUUGACAAAAUAUACCUUGCAGAGCUAUUAUGAGGGUUAUACAGGAUUAAGGAUGUCAAAUGGCCUGGCUCCGAGUAAGUGCUAUAAAAAGGUUCAGCCUUCAUUAAUGUUAUUAUUAUUAUUAUUAUUAUUAAUAGAUUAAUUGUCAGAAUGAGGGCCUAUGUAAGAUGCUUUGAAAGCUAUUUCUGAGCCAAGUGAGGAAGGCCACUAAAGGACGAUGCUAAAUGACAAAGGACCUCCCCUAGUACCCUCUUUGUGGCCAGCUAAGGUCAAGCCACUCAGCUGCCUAGAGAGAAGAUGUGGUAUCAGAAAUUAAAUCAGAAUAGGCAUGACUUGGGGGCAACUCUUGGAAGACCCUUUUAAGAACAGUCUUCCCAUUCCUUAUCCCGAGUUUGGGAAGAAACACCUCUUGGAGAGGAGGCAAAUGUGAAUAAAACCCAUAGCUCCACCCCAUCCUUUCCCUUUCUCUAGCUAUAGAGACAUCUGUUCUGAUUUGAGUAGGCUAGCCCAGUUCCCAAACUGCUUUGCACAUAAGGGAAUUCAAGGUAUGUAAUACAUGAAAAACUGAAUGACUGGUUAUGUCCAGUCUUUGGACUUCAGAGUUUCUUAGUUCCUGUAGUUUAAAUGAGAGAGGGAGACCACAAUGGUUUUCCUCCUAGCAGCUAGAAUGAGGGCUUGGAUAUGUUACUCAUCCUGCCAGCCAAGGCGCUCCCUACUGCUCUCUGAGAGGGCUGGGACCCCUGUGGCUUUUCUCUGGGGCCUGGGGAAGGGGAAGAGAAGGUCAGUUUGUGGUUAACAUCAGUCACAGGUGAUAGGAGUGACUUCGUAUCAGUUUGUAGGUUUAGUGGAAGUGACACUGGUACUUGAGACCUCUGUCCAGAGCCCAGUAAGCGAUGGACCAAGUGUCAUCUCAUUACCUUAUCUUCAUAGCAACCUGUGAAAGUUAGCAUUAUGCUCUCCUAUUUUAGAGAUGAGGAAACAGGCUCAGGAGAGGGGAAGUGGCUUGUUCAAAGGUCAUGGAGGAAGUAAAUGGCAGGACUGUGAUGUGGUGUGUCUCUCUCCAACCAACCUGCCAGGGUCACGCCAUGUCGGCUGGUGGAAAGCCACAUAUGUGUGUUUCCUAUUUGUCAGAAGCAUCCACAAAGCACCUCUCAGGUUACGACCCAGCUUUCCCAGAAUGCCUUAACACUGGGCCACCAUCCAAGUUCAAAUGCUGGCGAGAGGACUGGUCAGGGCCCAAAGCCAGCCUCCCCCCUAAUCAGGAAUCAUCAGCAACGGGUUUAUCCUUCUCAUCCCUCUGAUCCUAUUAUCCCAUUCCAGAACUCUAAGUGUGGCUUCUGGAGGCCUGGGGGCUGCUACCGCAGUGCAUAGGGUUGGGGAGGUAGGGCCAUGCGAUGUGCUUUGCUCCUUAGGGAAGCCCCCACCAUUCAACCCUUCAUAAAAUUCCUGCUGAAGGUCAGGCCAUCUGCCUGCUCAAGGUCAGUAUUUACUCUGGUCCCUCAGAACUACCACCACCGUUAUCUGACCAACCCAAAAUAGCGUAAGCAAGCUCUGGGUUUGAAUCCCAAAUCCCCUGCUGCCCUUAAGCCUCCAGCUAGUGUCAGCACCCUCUCCCUAAAUAAGGGUGGGGUUUCUUCAAAGUGCAUGACUUCUCCAUAGGGGCCUGGUUUUGCUGUCUCCGGUUUCCAAGAACAGAGGCAAAUCCAAGGUCGACAAACGGGUGCUGUGCUCUGAGCUGGCCUGCAGGGGGCGGGAGUCACCAGGGCUGACCCAGUGGGUGUGCCCUGCUGUGUGAAAGGAGGCUCCUGCCAGGGCCUUUAAGACCAAGGCCAGGCAGAGGAAGGAGCAUCUUCUGGGUGCUCGGCACUGUACCAAGCCUUUAGAGUGCAUUAUCUCAUUAACCCCUCACAAGAGUCCCAUGAGGGAAGGGUUAUUCGAGUACACAUUUUAUAAAUAAAGAAACUGAGGCUCAGAAAGCUGAACAAGUCCUCGAGGUCACGUAGUUGGUAGGCAGCAGGACAAGAUUUGAACCCAAGUCUGUCAAAUUCUGCGCUUAAGCUCUUUACCUCUAUAUCAGUGCUUCCCAACACUGGCUGCAGGUUAGAAUUACCUGCACUAUUAAACAACACCAAUACCCAGGGCUCACCUACACCUACUCCGUCAGCAUCCCCGCGGAUUCUGGUCUGCAGCCAGCACUGAGGACCUCUGCUUUACACCGUGCUGCCUUUUCGUGUAUUCACCCAUUUAGUUAAUAUGCACUGGGUUUGUACCUGGAGCCUAACUCAUCUCCCCUCUGGGGUCCAUGGUGGGUUCUAGCUUUUCAAAAGAGUUUGCAGAUGAUCAAUGUUCUAGAUUUCAUCUACAAGUCUUUCCUGAUCCCCUCAGACCAAGUCAGAUCCCUCUGUCUCAUAUUUUCAGAGUUUUUGUGUUUUUGUCCUUCAUAGCAUUUCCCUGAAAUAUAAUUAAGUACGUUGUUAGCUCUUUAAUAUCUCCUGCCCUCCUGUUAGAAUAUAAGCUCCCUGAAAGCAAGGACCGUGUUUAUCUUGUUCCCACAAUGUCCCCGGAGCCAAGCACGUGGAACAAGUGAAACUUCUUUCUUCCAUUUUAAUAAUUACUUACCAAGUACCUGUUAUGUGCCACGCACUUUUCCUACGGACACCUUAUAACCAAGUGUGGAAACAGAACUCAGAAGCUGGCAGAGCCAGGACUCAACUGCAGGCUUCCAGAGCCUUCCCAUUCAUCUGAGUCCAUUGCUUUUCCCCUGACCCUGCCUUGCCGCUCUGGUCUCUGGUUCCGAGGAACAGGUCUUUGAAGAAAGCAUUUUGGUUACCUAUUAGCUCCUCCCAUGCCAGCCUUCAACAGCGUCUUCCCCUCUUUUCCUGCCCUGGAGGUGUCAGCAACCCUCCCCCAGCCCCCUCCUCCUGUCCUCAGGGGGUGCCCCUCCCUCUCCUUAUCUCCCUCCGGAGGUUUGACUGUUGAAUGACUCCCCUGAUUAAACUAUUCCAUUGUCGUCAGCAGUCCCGUCACAAGAGCUAUCCAGGGACUUCCUUCCCCAGCCCUUUGGGAGCGGGCCUGUGGCACCUGGGCAGCGCCCCCACCCAUCUUCCCUCGGGGGGGUUCUGACUAGUCCCCAGAAACUGGACUGAAAGUCCCUCUGAGAGGAGCCUCUCUGAACUGAAACUUACAAACGGUGCCUGUAAAGGUUUUUGCAUCCUGAGAAGAGUUCAGCCUCCCAGCCUAACUCUGGUGCCCCCUACUGGGAGAAGCUGGGUGCAGGGAAACGGGGACACUUCCUCUUCUGGCUCCCCUGGCUCGGGCUGUAGGUCUCGAAGGUGACAAGUGAGGCUUUCGAUGAAUUCCCAUCAAAGCUGGAGCCUGGAGAGACCAGGAAUUGUCAGUUACCUAAAAAGUUCUACCCGUGAGACCUUGAAGACCGGUUUGCAAAGGGUGGCCUCUCUGCUCUGCACCCCGAGGAAGCUGGGGACAGAUCCUUGCUCAGGAUCAGACAGAGGAUUAGAAGGUUCAUAACCCUGGCUUGCUCCCGCCUGCUGUGCCAGCACUGCCUCCAUCAGGACCCGCUCAGGGCUGGCUCUCAAUUUCCCUUGGGUGGGAGAGACAGCACACUGUGAAGGAGCAGAAGGAGCUGCCGUUGGCUCAGCUGUGCGUCCAGCCCUGGAGCCUCAUCCCAUUUCAAUGACGAGGCAAGUGUGAAAAAUGGAGUGUGAUGGAGAGUCGUCACAAGAUCUCCCAGAGCCUCAACUGGAGCUGCCGGCUCUCAAUCCAGCUGCAAUUACCGGGGGGCAAUUAAGAUGCGUGUUUGUUCCUGGGUACUUGCAUAUGCGUGUGUGUGUGUGUGCGUGUGCGCGCGAGCGCAUGUGUGUCUAUGAAUGCACACAGAAGGCUGGAAACUGAGAUGCACCCUGGCUUUGGGGGCCCAAAGUAGCCUGCUUCCCCUUCUGGGUCUGCUGGCCUAUUUCCCAGCCGCAGCUGCCAUUCUGGGCUCCCCUCCCCGAGGCAAUCUCCCUGCAGAUUUGACAGCGGGAGAGGAGGGGCCGAGGGAAGGGGAGUGAACCGGGGAGCGGACUCAGCUCUAAUCUGAUGUAGAUGAUCCGGCUGUCUUCUCCAGCUUGGCUGCCCUCUGCCAUCCGCUCUCCAGGCGAUUUUCUCUGUGCCUGCACUCUCCCCUCCUGCCUUCAUCUCCUUAAGAAAGUGUCCAGAAAGUUAAACCUCCACACACAAACACACACACAAUCCACCAAAAAAAAAAAAAAAAUCAGGGAGCAGGAGCAGGCAGACGAGUAAGAGAGCACGCACGCAAGAGAGAGGGCUCAGAUCGGUCUUGGAGGAAGAGCGGCGCAGGCAGAGGGAGGCUGGGGUUGGCGGUGACUGGGACUAAGGUCUCUUAGACCCCAGGAGCCUCCUUCAUGGACCCGGGGAUCCUGAGAGGGGCUGUCUCAGCUUAGGAUGGGCAACUGUGUCAAGUCUCCACUGAGAAAUCUCUCAAGGAAGAUGCGCCAGGAGGAGACCAGCUACACGGUGGUACAGAUGAGCGAGGAGGGGCUGGCAGCCAGCGGUGAGCUCCCCGGACCACUCCUGAUGCUGGCCCAGAACUGUGCCGUCAUGCACAACCUGCUGGGCCCGGCCUGCAUUUUCCUGCGUAAGGGCUUCGCGGAGAACAGGCAGCCUGACAGAUCACUGCGGCCGGAGGAGAUUGAAGAGCUCCGGGAGGCCUUCAGAGAAUUUGACAAGGACAAGGACGGCUACAUCAACUGCCGGGACCUGGGCAACUGCAUGCGCACCAUGGGCUACAUGCCCACCGAGAUGGAGCUUAUCGAGCUGUCCCAGCAGAUCAACAUGAACCUGGGUGGCCAUGUGGAUUUUGAUGACUUCGUGGAGUUAAUGGGACCUAAACUCCUGGCGGAGACGGCAGAUAUGAUUGGAGUAAAGGAGCUGCGAGAUGCUUUCCGAGAGUUUGACACCAAUGGUGAUGGAGAGAUAAGCACCAGUGAGUUACGGGAGGCCAUGAGGAAACUCCUGGGUCACCAGGUGGGACAUCGAGACAUAGAGGAAAUUAUCCGAGAUGUGGACCUCAAUGGGGAUGGACGAGUGGACUUUGAAGAGUUUGUCCGGAUGAUGUCCCGCUGAGGCCACCAGGGUCCCUCCAGGACCGCCAAGCUCCAGUGGCGGGGAGAAGAGGAGCGGAGCCCACCUCAGCCCGCCGUAGCCGCCAGGGGCCCAGGACGGACAGGCGGAUGGGGCCUGCCUGCACCCCGGGGAGGUGCCCACCCCGGACCCCCACCCCUCCGCACUGUGAAAGACUCACGACUCCUGCAACUGGAAAGGGGGGGCGCCGGCCGUCCAGGAGGCUGCCGCGCCAAGCCGGCAGAGGUCAGGCCAGGCGCCCAGUGCCAUGGACCCGGCCGCUGCUGGCUGGGUGGGCCCGGGAGCCCGCCAGCAGGCCCCACACAGCAUGUCCGACCCGGGGCAAAGCCUCUGCCGCCCUCCUUAGCUCUGUGCCCAUCCCGGCUCGCCUCAGACCUGUUAUCUCAGAACCAAUAAAAAUAUUUCCAAGAGA